CUGUGAGAUGCCUUAUACUACCACUAUGAUUUACUCUCCUAGUGUUAAACUUCCUGUGUCAUCAUGUGAUGCAAUGGUUUGAAAUACUGUUUGUGUGUUUGAGCUCAGUUUUCGUAACUACAAGAUUAAUUUUGGUGUGACUUUGUGUUGAAAUAGUGUGUGUUGGCUAACUGCUGUGUAAAUAGUUAUAAUCUUACUGUAUUCACCCAGACAGGGUAAUAUAAAUAUUUGAUGAGAGAAAGUUACGCCCCCUACCGUUGACUUAUUACACGUGAACUGUCAUGUAUAAAACUUUGCAACACCAUAAAAGCCCACAGCUGUGGAAAUUCACUGAAGUAUUAUUACUUCAGGAUCGCCUUCAUUGAAUUUGACAGGAAUUUGAAAACAAGUUCACCCAUGAGGAACCUUUUGACCAAAGCAGGCUUUUUUGGCUCGGUGUCGGUGGCCUUUGGAUCGAUUUGGUGGUCACAACAGAAAACCGAGUCAAACCCGAUGACUUCAAGCGCAGCCCCCAACCCAAAUGAUGCAUGCCCUGCUUCUCUGUAUGAACUCCAGCUAAUCCAGGUCUUGUUCCGUCAUGGCGCUCGGACGCCGCUCAAGUCUAUACCGGAUGUGAUGGAGGCUCGGUGGACCCCAUCGAUCCUAGAGGCCCCACCAUACACACACAUCAACUACGUGGUGACGGAUCUUAAGGGAGGACCACAGCCUCAAUCACCUUUAGAAGACAACUAUCGGAAAAACAUACUGAGUGGCGGCUCAUUUGCUGGUCAGCUGACCACAGUAGGCAUGCAGCAGUUGUAUGAGCUGGGUGAAACGCUGAGGAAGAAAUAUAUAGAGGAGACACCUUUCCUCAGCCCCACCUUUACCUCAACGGAGGUCUACGUGCGCUCUACUAACAUUGUAAGGACAAUUGAAUCUGCCAAGUGCCUUAUAGCUGGACUCUUUAAACAAAAACAGAAAGAUAUUGUGUCCAUCCUAACAGAAGAGGCUGAAUCUGAAAUCCUCUACCCUAACUACCACGGAUGCAAGCUGCUCAAAGUCUUCAGCGACCCCCGCUGGGCUAAGUCGUCCGCUCUGCCUGGCGUCGCUGAAGACCUGCAGAGCAUCCUGAGUGCACUGGGGAUUGCUGCUCACCAGCACGUCGACUUCGUCCUCAUUAGGGAUGACAUGGUUGCCAGAGAGGCGCACGGCCUUCCCAGCCCGCUGGUUCUGAGCUCCUGGAGGAAUAAAGUGGAAGAGCGAGCUGUGGACAUGAUGUGCAGCCUCUACGAACCUAACAAGAGAGAGGCGCUGCAGCUGUCGGUGGGAGCCCUCUUCCAUGUUAUGUUAGAAAACAUUGAGAAGAAACUACAGGACAACUCGGCAGAGGCGAACAGGAAGUUAUUCCUGUACUCGGCUCAUGACACUACCCUUAUCCCGUACCUCAUGGCUUUGGAGAUCUUUGACAGGAAGUGGCCUCCGUAUGCUGCCUUUGUCACACUGGAGCUGCACAAAAGCCGGCAGACGGGCGAUGCCUUUGUGAAAGUCUCAUACAUUGGUCAGGAUCAACACAUACCAGGUUGCAGUGGAGUAUACUGCCCCCUGCAGGAGUUCAAACAGGUCAUGUCUGCAUACGCGCUAAGCUCUGAAAGCUACAAUUCUCGUUGCAACAGCACAGAACUCACUGAACCCUGAUCUUUCAAGAAACACAAAACCACUCGACUUUAAACUUUGAGUGCAACUCAGGCUCCCCUUCAUCCAAUAACCUUAGUAUCACACGUAUGUUAAAAACUUGAUGAUCUUUAACAAUAAAUCUAGUUUUAAUGAUUAUUUGAAUAAGUUUUGCAGUGUAGUGUUUACACCAGGUGCUCUCUCUAGCAGAAAUGUUUUGCAUUGAAUCAGUUGCACCUGCUUCAUCAUCAGUAUAAUGUUUGUAGACUUUAACCGAAUACAUUCAAAUGCAGUUGAACGUAUUUGAGGUUUAAUUGCACAUCAUUAUACCAAAUAAGCCUUUUGUGUAUAUUUCUUUCUGCCUAGGGAAUCAUUGCUGUAUUUCCUGUCUUUCCUCUGACUCUAGAACACUUUGACACAGCAGAUUUUACAGUCGACUCAAUAACCAGUUACUGUGGCUGCAAAACUAGCUCACAUCAUCAUCCCUCCAUCAUGCUUGACAACUAGUUCGAAGUGUGGUUACUUAGACGCUGUUAGAUUUCUGAUAUCUACUUUGAUCUCUGAUAUAAUCUAGUGGUUCAUUCAAAUUCAGCUUUGCAAACCCAAGUAGAGCUGCAAUUAUUUUUUUAUAAAGAUAAUACUUUUUCUUGGUAAGACACAAACUUACUCAGAUUUUUUUUUUUCCUGAUUGUAUUGUCCUGAAGUUGUGACACUUGAAAUACUGUCUGCAGUCUGUAAAGUCUGAUAUGGAGCAAUCUUUGUAACUUCUACAUAAUCAUGGGAAAAAUGCACUGGGAUGUCUGCCAAGCUGUCUUGUUUUGCACUUGUGAAAAUUCCUCACAUUGGAAGAAUGGACUUUGUUGGUCAACAAUUGCUGAUGUCACUGCUGGUGUUUUCCCACUGCACCUUUUAGUGUACAGCUAAAUCUUAAGGCAACAGCAUUGUUGUACAUUGCCCUUGUGUGUCAUCAAAGCUUUAUUGUCCCCCAUGAUUACAGCUUUAAUUCAUCAGGGAAAUAUAUAACGUAGAAAAACAAAGUGAAAUGUUAAUAAAUGGCUUUACAGCGCCAGUAGCAAUAUAUUGAGUGAACUAUGACUUAUAUGAACAGAUCUUAAUAUUUUUGACUGUUGCUGUGAAACAUCUUAUAUUCAUGACGUGAAACUUCUUGCGACAUGUUGUUUCAGCUGUAAAUAUCAAGUUUGGAUGAAAUAAAAAUGCAGAUUUUAUUCUGUUAAGUCUGA